UUAACCACUACCGCGUAAUGAAAAGGCAGCUGGACUGGUAUUCGCUUUUCGACGAUCAAAAUCGCAACCUCAUUAAGCAAUCUCCCAAUAUAAUUCUAAUCACACACGCGAUCAUCAUCAGAUCCGAUCAACUUACCUCCGAUUACUGAACAAGUUUUUACUAUCCAAAUUUAUACAUCCGCAAACCCGAAGCAUGAGUUUCCUUUUCGGCAAGAGAAAAACUCCCGCAGAACUUCUGAGGGAAAAUAAGAGGAUGCUGGACAAAUCAAUAAGAGAGAUAGAGAGGGAGAGACAAGGCUUACAGACUCAAGAAAAGAAACUUAUUGCUGAGAUUAAGAAAAGUGCUAAGCAAGGCCAAAUGGGAGCUGUAAAAGUAAUGGCAAAGGACCUUAUUAGAACAAGACAUCAGAUUGAGAAAUUCUAUAAGCUUAAGUCACAGCUCCAGGGUGUUUCUCUUAGAAUACAGACGCUGAAAUCAACACAAGCAAUGGGCGAGGCAAUGAAAGGAGUGACAAAGGCAAUGGGCCAAAUGAAUAGGCAAAUGAACUUGCCAUCACUGCAGAAAAUCAUGCAAGAGUUCGAGAGGCAGAAUGAGAAGAUGGAAAUGGUGACUGAGGUCAUGGGAGAUGCUAUUGAUGAUGCUUUGGAAGGGGAUGAGGAAGAGGAAGAAACAGAAGAGCUAGUUAGCCAAGUUCUUGACGAAAUUGGAAUUGACAUCAAUCAAGAGCUUGUGAAUGCACCAUCAUCUGCUGUAGCUGCACCAGCUGCAAAGGGUAAGGUUGCACAAGCGGAAGCAACUGGGACUGAUGAUAGUGGGAUAGAUAGCGACUUACAGGCAAGGUUAGACAAUCUAAGAAGGAUGUAGUCUUUAUCAUUUACACUUGUAAAAUAUUAUCUACUCUGAACAUAUAUCAUUUGGGCCGUGUAAUUUCGAUAAAAUAGUGCCAGGAGUUAUUAACUCUCGGUUUCGGGGGAAAUGGAGAUUCCAUGAAUUAUUUAUCUAGAUAUUCGUACACUAUCUAUAAUGAGAGUUGUUUUUUUUUUUCUUUUUC